AUGUCUCAACUCGGAGCUCUGGCGUCAUACCUCCCGCCAGCGGAUGGCUUACUGCCCAAAUGGCUGCUCUUCGUACGUGACUCCCAAUGCCUCUCCCCUUAUCGAUGCGUAUUGACUCGUACAGAUCGCCAUUGUGUCCAUAGGCAAUAGCAUCCAAUGCUAUGUCUCCCUGUCCGGCUCUCGUCAAGUCUACUCGGGUAUCUCGAACACUACACAGUCGACUCCAUCUACUUCAAACCAGGUGAAAUCAACCACCAACUCGCCGGUGAACGAGCUGAGCGCGAGGACCUUCGGCACUUGGACGGCUCUCAGCAGCAUCAUUCGCCUAUACACAGCCUACAACAUCCAUGACCCGAUCCUCUACCAAAUCUGUCUUUGGACCUACGGACUGGCUUUUGCCCACUUCCUUGGCGAGUGGCUUGUGUUCGGAAGCGCGAGAUGGGGCAAAGGUCUGGCAAGCCCAGUCAUUGUGAGCACCGUCACCGGCGCGUGGAUGCUGGCUCAAUGGAGCGAAUACGUCCAGUAA